AUGGAGCAGGAUGAACAACCAAAAACAUCCAUCGCAAAGGAAAGCUCAGAAAAAGCAGGGAAUAAAGCAACAGUUACAGUCAACCCAUAUGAACCUCCAAUUCCAUUUCCACAGAGGUUGAAGAAACACAAAAUGGAGCAACAGUACAAGAAAUUUCUGGAAGUCUUCAAGAAACUCCACAUCGACAUCCCGUUCGCCGAUGUAUUAGUCCAGAUGCCCAGCUAUGCUAAAUUCCUAAAGGAUGUCCUAUCUAAUAAACGCAAGCUGGAGGAACAUGAGAUGAUAAUGUUGACAGAAAAAUGCAGUACAAGAAUUCAGAAAAAGCUUCCGUCAAAAUUGAAAGAUCCAUGGAGUUUCACAGUCCCUUGUACUAUUGGUGAAGUUUAUUUUUAUAAAGCUUUGUGGGACUUUGGUGCAAGUAUUAAUCUUAUGCCUUUAUUUGUUUUUAGGAGACUCGAUUUAGGCGAGGCUAAGGCGACUACCGUGACGCUGCAAUUAGCUGAUAGACCAUUCUUGGCUAUCGAUAGAGCUUUAAUUGACGUUCAAAUGGGACAACUAAUUUUGAAACUUGGAGAAGAACGGAUCUCAUUUAAUGUCUUCAAGGCUAUGAAACUUCCUACAGAGUCAGAUAGUUGCUUCCAAAUUAAUGUAAUCGAUAAGGUAGUUCAGGACACGUUUCGACUUAAGGUUCAAAAGAUGCUUAUAAGGCAUACAUUGCACAGUCUCAAUCAAUUCACUCAGAUUCUGUGGAGAUUGAAACAUGUGCAAGGUUCUUGGAGACUAAUCCGCCCUACACAAGGAAAAGGCACUUUGAGGAGCUUGGAGUGGGAUCUAAAAAGCUACUACCAUCCAUUCAGAAGCCACCUCAUUGGAACUUAA